AUGAGCCUGCCUGGCGACAUCCCCAUCGCGCUUUGGAUCGCGCUGCUUCUCUCCCUUCUCAUUUUAGGCAUCUGCUUAGUUGGAGGCCUCACCACAACGCUUCUGGACGGAAACUAUCUACUCAGCCUGGCCUUGCUGGCACUCACCGCCGGCGGCGUAAUGUACAUCUCCCGGGUGGCAAAGGAGUAUCUGGAGUACCGCGAAAUGGCCGCACGUCUAGUUCGACAAACGUGUGAAUGCGGCGGCGCGAGUGAGAAUGCGAGCAGGGCCUACCUUUCCAAGGGUCCGUUGAGCGAUCCAGACGAAUCGCUAGAGCCAGGUGUGCCGCGGAGUAACUAUGGGCCAACGCAAGAUCGAAAUCUAGAUACAAAGGUGUAA